GUCUGUCUAUAUUGGAUUGAGUCUCCUCCUCCAAUCCAUUAUGUGCAUACAAAUUAAAGCUAGCCUUUGUGUUUUGUUCAAAGCAAAGGGUUGUGACUUGUGAGCAUCUGUCCCUCUCCUCACUCCCCUGCCCAGAUUAAAAGAAAGCUCUAUCAUAUCCCAUGUUUGUUUCAUCCAUCACAACCUGAUCACCGGACCCAAUUUGAUCAUAAUCUCAUGGAGGCUAGAGCGAGAUCACUAGAAGAUGCAUAUAAAAGAAAGCUAAAGAAAAUCAAAGUUAUGGAAGUGAUGAAGAAGCCUUUCCAAUUCCCAUUUCCAUUUCCAAAAAAGACAGCAAAGUUCAAGCUCCUUGCCUUAAAACUAGUGCUAGUUUGUAUUGUAAUUGCCACCUUCUUUAUGGUUAUCUCCUCACCAGUCGUCUGUCGCCACAACCAUUAUGCAACCCAUACUGUUUCUCGGUGGAUUUGGGGUUUAUCAGAUCCUAGAUAUGUAUCGAAUUUAGACAUUGAUUGGAGUGAAAUCUCUAGAGUUGUUGAGAAGUUGCCAGAAAAAGAGAAGCUGCAAGGAGUUGGGCUUCUCAACUUCAACAAGACUGAAAUCAGGAAAUGGAAAGAGGCAAUUCCUGGAGCAAAUCACAUGGCUCUGCAGAUAGACUAUGCAGACCGUAAUGUGACUUGGGAUUCGUUGUAUCCCGAGUGGAUUGAUGAGGAGCAAGACGAUGAAGUUCCCAGCUGCCCUUCACUGCCGAAGCUCCAAGUGCCAAGGAAACGAGUUGAUCUCAUUGCAGUUAAGCUCCCAUGCAGAAAUGAAGGGAACUGGUCCAGAGAUGUAGCCAGGCUGCACUUGCAGCUUGCGGCUGCUCAUUUAGCUGCUUCUGCUAAAGGCAAUCGCGCUGUGCAUUUGAUUUUUGUCACCAAUUGCUUCCCCAUUCCUAACCUUUUCACUUGCAAGCACCUCGUUGUGCGCCAAGGCAAUGUUUGGUUGUACACACCAGAUUUGAAUGCUCUCAGGGAAAAACUCCAGCUCCCUGUAGGAUCCUGUGAACUUGCUCUCCCAUUUGGUGCCACAGAAGUUGAGGAAUCAGCAAGGCAUCCGAAGCGCGAGGCCUAUGCGACAAUCCUACAUUCAGCUCACAUCUAUGUGUGUGGAGCCAUAGCUGCAGCGCAGAGCAUCCGUUUGGCAGGAUCCACCCGGGACCUGGUGAUUCUUGUGGACGAAACCAUUAGUGAGUAUCACAGAAGUGGACUUGAAACUGCAGGGUGGAAAGUGAGGACAAUCCAGAGAAUAAGGAACCCCAAAGCAGAGAAAGAUGCAUACAACGAGUGGAAUUACAGCAAGUUCAGAUUGUGGCAGCUCACAGACUACGACAAGAUCAUCUUCAUCGACGCCGAUCUGCUUAUCCUAAGAAACAUAGACAUCUUGUUUCAGAUGCCAGAGAUCUCCGCCACAGGGAACAAUGGCACGCUGUUCAACUCUGGGGUGAUGGUAAUCGAGCCAUCAAACUGCACAUUCAACCUCCUCAUGAAUCACAUCAACGAGUUCGAGUCCUACAACGGCGGAGAUCAAGGCUACUUAAACGAGGUGUUCACGUGGUGGCACCGGGUGCCUAAGCACAUGAAUUUCCUCAAGAAUUUCUGGGUGGGCGACACUGAAGAGAUCAAACGCAAGAAAACGCGGCUCUUUGCCGCCGACCCUCCCAUCCUCUACGUCCUCCACUACCUGGGAAACAAACCCUGGCUCUGCUACCGCGACUACGACUGCAACUGGAAUGUGGACAUCCUCCAGGAGUUCGCGAGCGACGUGGCGCACCAGAGGUGGUGGCGCGUGCAUGACACCAUGACGGAGGAGCUGCAGCAGAUGUGUCUUCUCAGGUCGAAGCAGAAGGCGCAGUUGGAGUGGGAUAGGAGGCAGGCGGAGGCGGGGAAGUACGCGGAUGGGCACUGGAAAAUCAAGAUUCGUGAUCGGCGGCAGAAGAAGUGCACAGACAGGCUGUGCAACUGGAAGAGUAUGUUACGCCACUGGGGAGAAAAGAAUUGGACGGAUAAUCCUUACUUCCACCCUUCGCCGCCUCUUUUACACCCACGGAAAAACAAGACACCAAAACUUUCUGCUUUGUGAAUACAAUACAAUACAUGUUAAUUCUGUCUGUCUGGUUUUGUUCCCUUGUUUCACAAUUUUAAGUUUGUACGUUCUUGCACCAAUGUUCAUCACACUUUCCGAGA